GCAGUCUACCGCUGAUCUACUGUUGACACCUACGGUAGGGAGAUGGACUUGUUAAGGAUUGCUCUGGUGUUUCUCUUAUCCACCCAGUUCUCACUGGGGGUGGGGCAGACAAUUCAUUUUGGCGAGCAGUUCAAGGGGUUGCAUUUCGCUGACCCAGACUCCGCUGGCUCUCAUCGGGGAAGGGAUGUCGAAACCAAUCCACUGAUCUUUAGUGCAUGAAGACCAGUGCAUAUUUAUUGGCAACGACAUAGUCUUGGCAUGCAAGUUUAUCGAAGGUGUAUCCUCUGACACAAGUUGGGACAACAUGUAUAAACAUGAACUUGCGUAAUCGAUAAUGGAUCGAAUAUUAGAAAGUUUUUCGCAGACGCUUCCAAGUCAGAUAUCCUCUCAUGCCUCCGGGAAACCUCCAGAUGCUCGUUUCGUCGUAACGGGACUAGUCAGCAGUACAGAUCCCUGGGCUCCAGCAUGAUCUGAACUGAAUGCAAGGCCCUUCAACACCAGUGGAUUGUGCCACUGGGCUAUGGAGGAAGGCGGGGAACUGUCAGGACGUACAAGCUAAGUGCGAUAUAACGUGGUUCAUGCAUCCCUGUUGUGCGAUUUACAGACGCUGCAGAGAAAAGGGUUGCCCCUAGAGGCCGUGAUUCUCAACCCUGAUAACACGGCUGGCAUGACUGCUACGAACACCGAGGGUGGCAUACACAAUGCCUUUGGUAAACUAGUCUCUCUCAACUACAAGUGUGACAUUGGUGUACUGUCAUAUGUGUUAAGGGAAACGUUAUCGUCGCUGCAGCUACUGGGAACUCGAAGAUGGCACCCAUCUGCACACCGAUUGCACUCCGUACAACAUGCAGCGUUGCGGUAAGCCCGCCAAGUAUACCUACAAGUGCUGCGCAGGAUUCGAAGAAGACAAGAGUGCCUUCGAAGUGUAUUCGGGAUUCAUGGCUUCAACCUGCAACAAAAUGUUGUCGCCAUUUGCACCUUGCACUGAAGCAGUCCUGAAAUCCGAAAAACACGCGGCAUUUGGUCCCCAACUGGCCGCUUUGGCUGAGAUGGAAGAUUGGAACUCCGAUGAGGUCUACACGAUAUUUGCUCCGCAGGUUGAUGAGGAACAAGCCUUCGGAGUACAAACAACCGAUCAUGUAGUCAAAGGAAGAUAUUACAUCGCUGCUUUGAAAGACGGAAUGGAGCUGUCCACGUUGGAUGGUCGAAGGAAGCUUUACGUUUCAAAGUAUCCUUACGGGAUUACCACGGUGGACUGUGUUGAAAUCUUAGAUGCUGAUCUGGAAUGCCGAAGUGGACUGGUGCAUAGAAUACGUCAUCCUUUGGGAGAAGGUGGAAACGGUGCGGAAUGGAGAUCAGUUCUGGCGUUCUUACAGUCGCAUCCAGAUACGAUGGCCUUCGUAGAUGAUCUUCCCGCUGACCUUAAGCACAAGUUGGACACAGUGGAGUCGGGUAUGCGCUAUACCGUCCUUGCUCCGAGAUCUCAAACUUGGAGUGCAAUUAAACAAAAAUACACUGGAGAAAAGUUGCAGCAGAUCGCCGCUAGUCACGUGCUUACCGGCCACAUUUGUUCCGGUGGCUUGAUUGGUUUGAACAAUAAGAAAUCCAACGUACCCGGUCACCCAGUCAACAUCGUCUGCGAGAUUGACCCGAGGGACGGACAAGAAAAGCGUUACAUUCUGACAGACUGCGGUGAACGACGGGAUUUUGUGGAGAUGGAUAUGAUAGCUGCCAACGGAGUUAUUCACCUAUUGGAUGAGCCCAUGAUCCCGCUAUCUGCUCUAACACUAAAAGAUAUUGUGGAGAAUGAAAGAUGCGCGGCGCAUUUGAAAGUUACCGAAUUUGCCCAAUUGUUCAAAGAAUGUGACUUACAUAUGGAUCCCGAAAUGCGCUAUGCGGUUCUGUUGCCUAGAGAUGAAGCCUUUCAGUGGUGGUCCACUUAUGAACAAUUCAAAGAGGAGUACAAACGCUUCCAGGUUGACAAUGAAUACCGAUGUCGAGUGGCUCGAUAUCAAGUCAUGCGAUCCAACGAGCAACUGGAUAGUGUGAACGACUUUGCUAGUCACACCAUGGGUCACCGAACAAACAACAAGGACGAUUACCUCUACGAAACCACCUAUUUUACGAAAACCUUCUAUGGGUCACAGCUGCACUUUCACUACUCUCCCGUUAUUGACAUGCGGUCUCUACAGGCGGAUGGGGUCUCACUUUAUUUGACACCUCGAAUCAACGUACCCCCGGAACAGAACAUUAGCCAAAUCUUGGCUGAACGACAAGACACAACCAUAACAAACCAAAAGACGGUGGAGGUCAACAUGGACGAAAAACAUUUUAGUGCAAAUGCACCCAAGAACUUGUACUUAGUCACCACCGACGACGGAUGGAAAGACCCGCGCGCAAAACCCGACAGCGUUGGUCAGUUUAGGCCAGAGUACACGAUGUUUAGAGGUGAAGCAUUGGAGAGCUUCCUGCUCUUGCACCAUGUGCCAAUUUAUCUAUGGGGUGGUGACAUCGGUUACUUCAAGAACGACUCAGUUCAGAAGUUCAUGUCAUCUGCUGGAGUGGAGCUAACAUUUUGGCAGGAUUCCGAAGGAGUGAUGCGGAUCGGUCAUGAUGGAAUGCCUCAAGAACAAUGGCCCAGGGUCGUCAAAUGGAACUUACCGGCGAAGGAUGGAAUUAUGUGGUUACUGGAUGGCAUUCUGAAGUGUCCAGACUCUGUGUGUCCGCUCUAUGUGGAGGACAUCGAUUACUAUGACAUGUACGUCGCUGCAUGCCGAACGGCUCACUUGCCAGGCGAACCGAAUGCGGCGGAAGAGUUUAACAAACGACCAACUGACGUGGCUUCACGUCAUCCGGAUGAGUGCACGGUAAUUUUGCAACUCAGUGAAAAGUCCAUCAAUCUUAUGGAAGCCUGACUAGAUGGGUAACAACCACAAAUUACGCAACCCCUAUCCUUUGAGUAAAACAACCUGAUCCAUCCACCUGGUUAAAUUGCAUGUUCUCUUUCAUCACGUCAAACACGCGGUCGUCCGAUUAGCGCCGGUUUUGUACCCCGCGCCCUAUCCAUGAGCUGGAUUUAGCUUACUGAUUAUACACGACUUUUAAUAAAACCGACCAUCGAUAUACUGG